AUGACCGAUACAGUGGCCUGUGCAUGUGGGAAAGUCUGCAAAAACUUUCGAGGGCUAAAGAUUCACCAGGCGAGGAGCAACUGUCAGCAACCUGAUAGAUUGAGGCAACGCAAAGGGUUACCUGAUAAGACGAGGGAGAAGACUGGUCCGGUGGCCAACCAUAGUACCAGAAGUCUCUCAGCACCAGUUUUGUCACUAACUGGAAGUGGUUGCUCGCCUGAAGAAUUGCAGUCCUUAGAAUCCUUAGCAGAGACAGAAAAAGCAGUUGGGAACAGUUCAGAGGAUGAACUGCUGAUGACUCAGACAGACAAGACAGAAGAGUCUCCAAUCUUCAGCCAAUUCAUAGGAGAAGAAUCCCCAAUAUUUCCCCCUAAGGCUAGAGAAAGCCCGGCUGUCACUCCCAAUGAACAGAGCACAGACCAAUGGUCAACAAAAGACAGAAGGAAAGUCCCCAACAUCAUUAAACGCCAGAAGAUAUCUUGGCCAAGAACCAAUGACAAGAAGUGGGAUAUGUUCGACAACGAUCUUGACAUUAUCCUUCAGACCACUCUCCAAGGUAGGGUAGAAAGGAAAAUCAACGUCUUGACCACCCUAGUCUACUCACUGGGUCUUGAACGAUUCGGCACUGAUGGAAAGGAGAGUCAGCCGAAACCAGCUCCUAACCCAAACAGGAGGGAACGUGAAAAGAAGAAGGUCAGGGAAGAGCUUAAUUCCCUGAGAAAGAGAUACAAGAAGGCCAAUGAAGUAGAAAGGAAGGGACUGGCGAAGCUUAGAGAAGAGCUUAGAUCUAGAUUGAAAAUCUUGACAACAGCAGAACGACUUCGGAGGAAACGUAGAGAACGAACAAGGAAAAGGGCAGCUUUCAUCGCAAACCCGUACAAGUUCACCAAGACUUUGCUUGGCGAAGAGAGGGGAGGUAGCCUUCAAAGUGACCAGGAGGAAGUAGCCCAGUACCUAAGAGAAGUCCACUCCGACCCAGAAGGGGCCCAGCCUUUAGGUGACUGUGACAAGAUAACACCUGCCGAUCACCCACAGUUCCCAUUGGACCUGAAAGAGCCAACACUCCAAGAAGUCAAAGACGUUGUCAAGAAAGCAAGAGCCUGCUCUGCUCCUGGCCCAAGUGGUAUUCCAUACAAGGUCUACAAGAAAUGCCCAAAGCUGCUGAGAAGACUUUGGCUCCUCCUUAGAGCUGUAUGGAAGAAAGGCUCGGUUCCUGAAUGCUGGCAGGCAGCAGAGGGCUGUUUUGCCCCUAAAGAGAAAGACUCAAAGAAUGUCAAGCAAUUUCGAACCAUCUCACUUCUCAGUGUCGAAGGGAAGAUAUUUUUCUCUAUCUUGGCAAGACGGCUUACCAUAUACAUGACCACCAACACCUACAUUGAUACAUCAGUGCAGAAGGGUGGCAUCCCUGGAUUCUCAGGGUGUGUUGAACACACAAGUGCCCUCACUCAACUGCUUCACGAGGCUAGAAUAAACAAGAAGAACCUGAUGAUUGUGUGGCUAGACCUCGCCAACGCCUAUGGCUCCAUCCCCCACCAGCUAAUCCAAGAAGCACUACAGCAUUACCAUGUACCGGAGCAUGCAAGAAGCCUCAUACGGAGCUACUACAGCAAUAUCCACCUCAGGUUCUCAUGCAAGAGCUUCACAACAUCUUGGAUAUCGCUCGAAAAGGGUAUAGUCACAGGCUGUUCUAUUUCCGUGAUUCUCUUUGUUAUGGGAAUGAAUAUGAUCCUGAGAGCAGGGGAAAGAGAAACACGAGGGCCACUUACCAACGCAGGCAUCCGUCUACCAGCAAACAGAGGAUUCAUGGAUGAUCUCACCACAACCACAGAAACCCAUAUCCAAGCUAGAUGGAUCCUGAAAGCCCUAGAUGAGACUGUGACAUGGGCAAGAAUGGUUUUUAAGCCAAAGAAGUCCAGGUGUCUGGUAGUAAAGAAGGGAAAGAUCACGACACAGUUCAAGUUAUUCAUCCAAGGCGAGGAAAUCCCAUCAUUGGUAGAUAACCCAAUCAAGUGCCUAGGUAAAUGGUUUGAUUCUACACUCUCAGACAAGAGCAGCAAAGGAAGAAUCCGGCAACAACUUGAGGAAGGUCUCCGGAGAAUUGACAGAGCAGAACUACCAGGGAAGUUCAAGUCCUGGAUCUAUCAGCACGGUCUACUACCAAGGCUUGUUUGGCCACUGAUGGUCAACGAGAUACCAGUGAGUCUAGUGGAGCAACUCGAACAGGCAGUAAGCAAGCACAUAAGAAGAUGGCUAGGGCUGCCACCAUCGUUCAGCUCCAUAGGACUAUAUGGAAGGUGUACAAAGCUGCAGAUGCCACUGACAUCCCUAGUAGAGGAAUACAAGGUAGCAAAAGCAAGGCUGUUCCUAACACUACGGGACUCAGCAGACCAGAAGAUAAGUAAAGCUGGAAUAGAAAUCCGAACAGGGAGGAAGUGGUCGGCAAGCAAGGCAGUUGAACAAGCCGAGAGUAGUCUGCACCACCAGGUCAUUGUUGGAGCUACCAACAAAGGUCGGGAAGGCCUAGGGCAUGGGCAACAGCCCCGAUGGGAAAAGGCAGACAGCCAGGAAAGACGCUCCAUGGUACAACAGGAAAUCAGAAGGUCAGAAGAUACCCAUCGGUCUGCAAGAUCUGUGCAGAUGGGCCAACAAGGUUGUUGGAGUCGAUGGAAUCUGCCAGAGAGAAAGCUGACAUGGAGUGAACUCUGGCAGUAUGAACCCCUCCAGCUGUCCUUUUUACUGAGAUCAGUAUAUGAUCUUUUGCCAACACCAACAAACCUUGAAAGAUGGAAGCUUAGUGACGACCCAAGCUGUCCACUAUGCAGCCAGAGAGGGACACUAGCACAUGUACUCUCAUCCUGUCCUGUUGCUCUCUCUCAAGGUCGUUACAGAUGGAGGCAUGACCAAGUCCUGCGAGUGCUUGCCGACAUCCUGGAGCAAGAAAGAAGGAAGGAGCGGCAAAUCAACACCAAAGGGCCAGGUUACAUCAACUUUGUCAGGGAAGGACAGAAGGCAAAGGGUAGCCAGAACACAAGCCUGCUACAAGAGGCCAGACACUGGGAGAUGAAGGUUGAUCUCCAACAGAAACUUGUAUUCCCAGAUGUUGUUCAAACAAACCUACGCCCUGAUAUAGUCAUCUGGUCAACAGCUCCAAAAAAGAUGAUACUCCUGGAACUGACUGUCCCUUGGGAAGAAAGAACUGAUGAAGCAAAUGAAAGGAAGCGGUCAAAGUACCAAGAACUGGCAGACAUGUGCAGGGAGAGAGGGUACACCACCUGGAUCUUCCCUGUAGAAGUAGGAUGUAGGGGCUUCCCUGCACAAUCUGUGUGGAAAGCGCUAGGAGCUUUGGGCAUCAAAGGCAGCGCUAGGAAAAGCUCUGUACGGGCCCUUGGCAAGGCGGCAGAGAGAGCGUCCAGUUGGCUCUGGCUACGACGCAAUGAAACGACAUGGAAGCCAUCACAGACGAGCAGUGAUUGA